CUCAGGGAUAUAAUUACUGAACCUUUUUAUUUUACUGAAAUAAUUUUACUGUUUAUAUAAACUAAAUAAUUGCUUUUUUUACAGUUAAUAUUACUUCCAAUACUUCUGGUACGUUCACACCCACAACUUCCCAGAACUCAUUGGUACAAAUCCAAUUACGUAAGCGAGCGUCGUCCCGUACGCUAGACAUGUACCGCAAACAUUGCAGGAACGCAGUGCUACAAUUUUUCAAUUCCAGUGUUAACUCCAUCCCUCAGCUAACUCCUACUACACACUGCAGUUGAUUCGUUUUCCCUUCCAACCUUUCGGAACAUUUCUACGCCUUUUGCUAACGGAUCGUAAGGGCAGUCGAGAGAUGGAGAUGCAUUUCGCGUCGAGCAGCGUUGCAUGUGCAAGAGAGGAGCAACCCCAUAAGCAGCGCCAAGAGCGAAAAUAUGUCCGACCUUGACCUUCUAAAAAUUGAAACGAAAUUUGUGGUAUGCUCGUAGCGCUGUCUAGGCGUUUGCUGUGGAACCUCACCCUGGUGGGAAUUGCAUUUUUCAGGCUGCGCUGUGUGUUUUUUUGACAAAACGAGAAAGAAUGGGAAGUGUAGCACUGUUUGCGACUAGAUUGCAUUUUGUUAUGUCCAUUGCGGCUAUAAAUCCGCUGACCCAUAUCGAAUAUCGGGCGAAGAAAAAUCGAAUCACUGAUAUUGGAUUGUAUUCAGUAAACGUUUCCCACUAUAUAAGGCCGUUGAUAUGGCACUGGACGAGUCAGGAAUUCAGCACGUGACUGCACGUGGCUGCUCUAGUGCUCGGUCGCUCUCUCGCCGCUUCUCCGGGCUUUGAUUGCUGUGUGGGAAAAGCAUGCGCCAUGCUCGAGGGUGGAUGUGUACUCCCUCCUUCCACGGCAGCCGUAAGCUAGACCAGCUUCAAACGAUUUCCAGCAUCUAGCAUAUUUAUGAAGCCUGAGGCUAUGUAUAAGCAAUGACAAAUUUAGGAGAAAAAAAAACUAGUGAUGGGUCUGCUGCUUGUACCGAUUGUAAAUCAAAGAAUUCAUAUCAAAUAAUCCAUGGUUUAUGGUAUUCUUAAUAUUUGAUCAUGUCGUUUAUUAGUUGUUUUAUCUUUUAUAUUUGUAUUUUCGAUCUUGUCAAUAUUUAUCUCAGCUUUUUAUAAGCUAUUAAAAAGAAAAAAAGUCAUCACUGUCGUUCACGUUUGAGUUAUAUUUCUGAUCUUUUGAUUUACAAGUUCAAUACUUAUUAUUGUAUAUGGAAGUUCAAACAUUCUAGUUUUUAAAACAUAUUCUUUUCCUGCUAAUGUUUAAAGUUGAUUAGAUCUAAGAUAUUUGGAGACAAAUACUACACAAUAAACAUUUAUAGCAAAUCCUAAUAAGCACAUGUAUUUAUAUAAACACAGAGACAAGAGACACGUGAAAGGACGCCACCAAACGCGGGUCAAUACUUGCCAAGGCGUUGGGAGCACAUAGCACAUCCUGCAGGAGCACGAACGUGUCCGCUUUUGAUGCGUUCGCGAACAAGCUCUGAGAGCGUAUUACACUCUGAGCGCGAGAGAGAGAGAAAAUGACUGCCCGAGACAAUGUACUGCUGCAGCUGGACAAUUUGGAGGUCCUGCGGCUUUUCCACGGAAGCGAGCUUUUCAGUUUCGAGUUUUCCAUCGUACGGUUGACGCGGGCAUCGGGCAUAUCUUGUGGCAAAGAUACGUACAGCGUCAAGCGGUUGUUGUGUUAGGAAUGGCAAGAAACAAAAGGUCCUCCGCGCCACGGUUAGACACGUAUAUCUAAUAAAAUAUCUCAGCGCCUACAGCAGUUCAGUGAACGCCAUAUCCUGGUGAUUGUAAUCAAACAAAAGUCCAUUAGCCCUUCCAACGACGGCAUCUCGCUCGAAUGGUGUUUUUGUGUGAAGGUUGUCGAGUUCAUUCAUGAGUAGUAGCAUAUCGCGGGUCGGAAUUACUCACGCGCACGCAUCAACUUUGCAUCAUUUGUCCUAGGACAGUGGCGUAGCGAGGGAGCGUGUAUCGUUGCUGUCAAUGUGCACCGUUCGAACCGUUGUAUAAUAUGUUUACAUACAGAAAAAUCGAUUUUCCUGACGGCAUAAACCAGCAGUGAGCGCUGGUGGAGUUCGGUAGAUAAUGAAUUCUUCCACUGUAAAUACUGCGCCAUACUAUGUACGUACGUUCUUGGUGACACUGUCCGUGUGAACAGAGAAAUAGUGGAGCAUUUCGCGAGUUCUCGCUACCUCGGCAGGCAUUAAAAGUUAAUCAAAAACCAUGUAAUCCUUGGGGCGAAGAAAGCCUCCGUUGGUGGUAGCAACUUAUCGUGUAACGCAUUCAAACAUGCCGAGCGGUGCAGCCGAAAGCAGCAUUACACCGAAAGUAACAAGCAAAGUUUGUGGCUAAAGGUGGCGAAAUAACAAAUAAACAAAGUUCGAGCGCAAAACUCCACCCUGCUGUCGUCCAGUUACCCUCACCAAUGGCGGACACCGAACCACUGUCACCGUCGGCCUCCUCGUUCAAGCAGAACUUUGAUCUGGUGACGCCCGAGUUCGAGGAGGAUCCGAAGCUGCUGUGGGGCAGCGUACCGGUACCGCCGUUCGUCUCCGACAAGGUGGUUACCUGGGUGGAGGAAAACUUUCCCCAUCAGCCACCACCGGCGGUCGAAUUUCGUGGCCAGACUGUUGUGAAGAAGAUUGAAAAUGUUCGCAUGAUUGACAGAUAUAACAGCAAAAAUCCAACCGUCGGUGUGCUGUAUCUGACGGCCACGCAUCUCAUAUUCGUCGAUCCGGAUGCCAACAAAGAGACAUGGGUCCUGUACAUGCACAUCGCGAACGUGGAAAAGUUGCCCCUGAGCACAACGGGCUCACCGCUGCUGAUACGCUGCAAAACGUUCCUUUCCAUCACGUUCGUCAUACCGAAGGAGCGCGAAUGUCACGACGUCUACACCACGCUGACGAAGCUGUACCAGCCGGUGCACAUCAAGAAUCUGUACUGCUUCCAGUACACGACCGCCGCCAAGGAGCUGCCCAAGGCGGCCGGCUGGGACUACUUCAAGCUGGAGCACGAGUUCAAGCGGAUGCGCGUCCCGAACGACCAGUGGAGUGCCUGUGCGCUCAAUCAAAGCUACGAGCUGUGCGACACGUACCCGCGCCAGAUCUACGUGCCGGCCGAUGCGAACACGCAAAUCCUGCUCGGCAGUUCGCGGUUUCGGUCCAAGGGUCGGCUACCUGCGCUUACCUAUUUGCACUCGAACAAGGCGUCCAUCUGCCGUUGCAGCCAGCCACUGUCUGGCUUCAGUGCCCGGUGUCUCGAGGACGAGCAAAUGCUGGAGACGAUACGCAAGACUAACCCCAACUGCAACUUUAUGUACGUCGUUGACACGCGGCCAAGGAUUAACGCCAUGGCAAACCGGGCGGCCGGCAAGGGCUAUGAGAACGAGGCCAACUAUGAAAACAUCAAGUUCCAGUUUCUCGGUAUCGAAAACAUUCACACGAUGCGGGCCAGUCUGCAGAAGCUGAUUGAAUGCUGCGAACAAAAGUCGCCCACCAUGAGUGGAUUCUUAAGUGCUCUGGAAUCUUCCGGCUGGUUAAAGCACAUUCGAUCGAUACUGGAUACAUCGUGUUUCAUUGCGAACGCUGUCGACAAGGGCAUUUCCGUCGUUGUACACUGCUCGGACGGUUGGGAUCGUACGGCACAAGUCUGCUCGCUGGCCGCCCUUAUGCUCGACCCAUAUUACCGAACCAUUAAGGGAUUUCAGGCACUGAUUGAAAAGGAUUGGCUUGCGUUCGGUCACAAGUUCAGCGAUCGGUGUGGCCACAUCCAGAACGAUCCGAAGGAGGUGUCGCCAGUGUUUACCCAGCUGCUCGAAUGCACCUGGCAGUUGAUGCAGCAGCGUAACGAUGCGUUCGAGUUUAACGAGCGGUUUCUGCUGAUCCUGCACGAUCACGUCAUGUCCUGCCAGUACGGUACGUUCGUGGGCAACUGUGAGAAGGACCGGCUGGAUCUGCGGCUAGCGGACAAAACGUUCUCGCUCUGGGGCUACAUGUCGAACCAUCUGAACGAGUACAUCAAUCCGCUGUAUCGGCCGGAGAUGGAUGAAACGAUCAAACCGAACCUUGCGCCGCAAAACAUAAAGUUUUGGCGCGGCAUGUACAGCCGGUUCGAGAGUGGCAUCCAUCCGCGGGAACCGUUGGAGGAUUUGUUGAUCGCUAGCAAGGAUCACUGUACCUCGCUGGAAGAUCACGUGCAGCAUUUGACGAAGCGCAUCAAUAGCUUCAAGAACAUGCUUUCCAAGUCGGCCAAACGGUUGCAGGGUGGCAGUGCGGCACUACAGUCGCGGUACAGUGCGGCGGACCAAACACGGGGGCCUAUCGAGGUGAACGAUAAUCGGUACAAUUACGACCGGAAGCUAAGCGAGCUGUCGGCGGCGGACGACGAUCAUCCGCUGAAGACGAGCGAUUUUUCCUUCUCCAAUCUGUCGAUUUCCGAGUACAACAAUGAGGUGGACAAGGUGAACGAAGACAUCAACUCGGUUGCGGUCGAAUGGAAAUCGCUCCGGUCGGUCGUCAACUGUCCCACCUGCUCCAUACCGUUCGAUCAAAUCACGAAGAAGAACCAUUGUUGGAAGUGUGGCGAAGUAUUCUGCGGUCGAUGCAUCGAUAAGACGGUAACCCUGCCCGGGCACGAAAGCGGCAAUCCGGUGCCAGUCUGCCGGCAGUGUUUCCGUGUCGUACAGCAAGUGAGCCCAUAAACAAGCGAUCUACAUCUACAUUCCUCGAUUGAUUCGAUUUAGCUUGUAAGUGAGCUACAGUCUACCGUGUGUAACACCUUGCUACCACAACUACCUAUAUUGGCGGAUGGCUUUGUGAUGUACAAACGAUAAAAUUACUAUCCGACUGUGAGGCUAUCUGGGGGGGUGUUUGCAAAAGUUUUCAGUUGAAAUAGACCAAAGUACCACCACCUGGAACGACGUCGUUUGAUGUGUAUGUAUUCAAGACUUGUGGCGAGCGUUUGCUAGAACGCAGUAACGGAUGAGGGGUGAGGGACGAGGGAUAAAUCCUUUGCAGAAUGGCUGUCAAUCUUAGCUGUUAAUUUACUGUUAGUCAUAAGUAAUAUAGCUAAUGUAACCUGAAACCCACACACACAAACACACCUACAAAAUGCAUCAUAUAACGCUGAUCGACAACCACACAAAACCCACAAUCACACUGUUAGAACUGUAAUAUUCUUAAGCAUAAAUGUGUACAAUGAUUUAGUUUAAGUUGCCGAGGUUAAAAUUCAUAUUUAUCUUGCAAAACUAAACAAAAAUAUGCGAGCUUUUGCUUGGCUUGGACAGACACACUCUUCGGUAUGAUGGUGCUGCAAGAGUAGCUUUAUCGAUGGCUGUAACGGACGGGAGACAAAUUUUGCAGAUUGUUAGCUAUAUAUGUACGCACACGACGACGACAAAAACAAGGGGUCGGUUGGUUGAGAUACAGAAGUGAAAGCCUUUUGUGUAAGUAUAGGCAUCAGAUGCAUCCUUCCGCGCUUUGGUGACUGACGUAGUUUUCACCGUUGUUGUACACCGUUCCGUUUCCUGUUUGUAGGUGUAUAAAGCGUGCACCACCCUAACCUUUGACACAGUAUUUCAGCUUCAAUCGGGGGGAAAAAAAACAUUCUUUAGCCAGCGGGAGAGAGUAGCGGUAGCUUGUAAGGGGAAAUAUUUUUCGAUUAUUGCGCCAAAAAUUGCUAGCAACGAAACAGAACUGCGGACAGCCGGCAUAUAGCUAUCUACGAUAUAUCUGUAAACUGUAUGUGUAAUCUAAGACAAGAAAAAAAAAACACAAAAAAACACACACACAAAUCUGUUGCUCUCAAGUAAAAUAAACGUAUUUAAUAAACAGAGUAUAAAUAUGAUACAGAGAA